UCAGGUAUUAUUGGAUGUGGGUAUUUUCAUUCAUGUAGAAACUUUAGUUCUGAAGUAUCUGAUAUGGUGCAAAAAUUGGUCCCAACAGGUAGAAUAUUGUGGCAGUGGACAAAGACAAAGAUGCUGCCUACACCAUCUAAAUUCCACUAUAUCUUCAAUCUUCGAGACCUUUCUAGAAUUUGGCAAGGAAUGUUAACUAUAAAGGCAGAAGAAUGCACGAACACAACUAUCCUUCUAGCACUUUUUAAACAUGAAUGCACUAGAGUAAUUGCUGACAGAUUUAUUACUCCUGAGGAUAUAGCCUGGUUUGAUAAAACUAUUACAAAAGCAAUAGAAGAAUAUGUGGGUACGGGUGUAUCAGUUCCUCAAGCAGAGCCAUAUUUUGUUGAUUUUCUGCGGGAUGUACCUGAACCAACUGGUGAUGAACCAGAAGACUUUGUGUUUGAAGCACCAAAAAUUUAUGAGGAGAUUCCAAGCUUUGAGUUUCUUUGUGAAAAAUUGCAAAUGUAUCAAAGACAAUACAAUGAUUACAUUAGAGGAUCAUUUCUUGACUUGGUGUUUUUUAAGGAUGCAAUGACGCAUAUUAUUAAGAUUUCCCGGAUAAUUCGAACUGCAUAUGGAAAUGCUUUACUUGUUGGAGUUGGCGGUUCUGGAAAACAAAGUCUUUCAAGGUUGGCUUCCUAUAUUGCUGGCUAUAAAAUAUUUCAGAUUACUUUAACCAGAUCAUAUAACAUAAGCAAUCUGUCAGACGAUUUAAAAUUGUUGUAUAGAACAGCUGGAGCAGAGGGACAAGGCAUCACUUUUAUUUUCACUGAUAAUGAAAUAAAAGAGGAGGCAUUUUUGGAAUACAUUAAUAAUCUUCUGUCUUCAGGAGAGAUUUCUAAUUUAUUUGCUCGCGAUGAGUUGGAUGAAAUCACCCAAGGAUUAGUACCACUGAUGAAAAAAGAGAUGCCUCGGUGUCCUCCUACCUUUGAUAACCUGUAUGAGUAUUUUUUAACUCGGGCAAAGAAGAACUUGCACGUUGUCCUCUGCUUUUCUCCUGUUGGUGAGAAGUUCCGUGCACGUUCUUUGAAAUUUCCUGGUCUCAUCUCAGGGUGCACCAUGGACUGGUUCAGUCGAUGGCCUAAAGAGGCUCUUGUAGCUGUAGCCAGUUAUUUUCUUUCAGAAUUUAAUAUGGUCUGCUCUGCAUCAGUUAAAACACAAAUAGUAGAAACCAUGGCUCUCUUUCAUGAUAUAGUUUCAGAAAGCUGUGAGAAUUAUUUCCAAAGGUAUCGAAGAAGAGCUCACGUAACACCUAAAUCUUAUCUCUCUUUCAUCAAUGGCUACAAAGAUGUUUAUGCCGAAAAGUUAGCAAGUAUUAAUGAACAAGCUGAACGUAUGCAAAUUGGUCUGUCUAAGCUGAUGGAAGCCAGUGAAUCUGUUGCUAAGCUCUCUAAGGAACUGGCUGUUAAGGAAAAGGAACUUGCUGUGGCAUCUGUAAAGGCAGAUGAAGUACUAGCAGAAGUCAAAGUAAGUGCUGAAGCUGCAUCUAAAGUAAAAAACGAAGUCCAAGCUGUGAAGGAUAAAGCACAAAAAAUUGUGGAUGAAAUUGAUUUAGAAAAAAUGAAAGCAGAAAGUAAACUGGAGGCAGCAAAACCAGCCUUAGAAGAAGCAGAAGCUGCACUGAAUACAAUCAAACCAGUGGAUAUCGCUACUGUUAGAAAGCUGGCAAAACCUCCUCAUCUAAUUAUGAGGAUCAUGGACUGUUGUCUGAUACUAUUCCAAAAGCAAUUAGAUCCAGUUACCAUGGAUCCAGAAAAGCCUUGCUGCAAACCAUCAUGGGGAGAAUCAUUAAAACUUAUGAGCGGCCCGUUCUUGCAGAGUUUACAGCAAUUUCCUAAGGAUACAAUCAAUGAAGAGACAGUGGAAUUACUCCAGCCUUACUUUAACAUGGAGGACUAUACAAUGGAGAGUGGUAAAAAAGUGUGUGGCAAUGUGGCAGGUCUCCUCUCUUGGACACAAGCCAUGGCAGUGUUUUAUGGUGUUAACAGAGAUGUCUUACCUCUUAAGGCUAACUUGGCAAAACAGGAAGGCCGUCUGAAAGUAGCUAAUGCAGAAUUAGCAAAUGCUCAAGAGCAAUUGGAUGAAAAGCAAGCUGAACUGGAUAAAGUACAGGCAAAGUUUGAUGCAGCAAUGAAGGAGAAAAUGGACUUAAUGAAUGAUGCAGAAACAUGCAGAAGAAAGAUGCAAGCAGCCUCUGCACUUAUACAAGGACUGAGUGGAGAGAAAACUAGGUGGACUGAGAAAAGAAAAGAAUUUAAAUCUCAGAUUAACAGACUUGUGGGAGAUGUACUGCUUUGCACAGGUUUCCUUUCAUACUGUGGACCUUUUAAUCAAAAUUUCAGGAAUCUUUUACUUAAAGAUUUAUGGGAAACAGAGAUGAGAGCCCAUAAAAUCCCUUUUUCUGAAAGCUUGAACUUAAUUUCUAUGCUGGUAGAUCCACCAACUAUUAGUGAGUGGAAUCUUCAAGGACUACCUGGAGAUGACCUCUCAAUUCAGAAUGGUAUAAUUGUCACUAAGGCAACUAGAUAUCCCCUUUUGAUAGAUCCACAAACUCAAGGGAAAACAUGGAUUAAAAAGAAAGAACAGGAUAAUGAAUUACAGGUAACAACAUUGAAUCACAAAUAUUUCCGUACACAUCUAGAAGAUAGUCUUUCACUGGGACGAUCACUUGUGAUUGAAGAUAUAGGUGAAGAGUUGGAUCCAGUUCUUGAUAACAUACUAGAAAAGAAUUUCAUUAAAUCUGGAACUUCUUUUAAGGUGAAAGUUGGUGAUAAGGAAGUUGAAGUAAUGAGUUCCUUUAGACUAUACAUUACUACAAAGCUACCCAAUCCUGCUUUCACACCUGAAAUUAAUGCAAAAACAUCAAUUAUUGAUUUUACUGUUACAAUGAAAGGACUUGAGAAUCAGUUACUGAGAAGAGUAAUUCUUACUGAAAAACAGGAACUUGAGGCAGAACGAAUUAAACUCAUGGAAGAUGUAACUUUUAAUAAAAGAAAGAUGAAAGAACUGGAAGACAAUCUUCUAUACAAACUGAGUGCAACCAGAGGCUCACUAGUAGAUGAUGAAUCCCUAAUUGGAGUUCUGCAAAUAACUAAACAAACAGCUGCCGAAGUAAAUAAAAAGUUGUCUGUGGCAGCAGAAACUGAAGUGAAGAUUAACUCUGCUCAGGAGGAUUAUCGACCUGCUGCUACACGUGGGAGCAUUCUUUAUUUUCUUAUUACAGAAAUGAGCAUGGUCAAUAAUAUGUAUCAGACUUCACUGGCUCAGUUCUUGAAGUUAUUUGAUCAAUCCAUGGCCAGAUCUGAGAAGUCUCCUGUAUCCCAUAAAAGAAUUUCAAAUAUUAUUGAGUACCUUACCUAUGAAAUUUACACAUAUUCUGCUAGAGGCUUAUAUGAAAACCACAAGUUCCUUUUUACCCUUCUCCUGACAUUGAAAAUCGAUCUUGAGAGAGGACAUGUGAAAAACACAGAGUUCCAUGCAUUCAUUAGAGGAGGUGCAGCACUGGAUCUAAAGGCUUGCCCACCUAAACCAUUCCGCUGGAUUCUUGACAUGAUGUGGCUAAACUUAGUGGAAUUGAGUAAACUUCCAGAGUUUGCAAAAAUUUUGAAUCAGAUAACCAAUAAUGAAAAGGGAUGGAAAAAUUGGUAUGAUAAAGAUGCUCCCGAGGAAGAAAUUAUUCCUGAUGGAUAUGAUUCACUUGACACCUUCCACAGGCUUUUACUUAUCAGAUCUUGGUGUCCAGACCGGACAGUUUCCCAAGCCAGGAAAUACAUUGCAAGUUCCUUGGAUGAGAAAUAUACAGAACCUGUCAUUCUGAAUUUAGAAAAAACUUGGGAGGAAAGUGACACACGAACACCUCUGAUCUGUUUCUUGUCUAUGGGAUCUGAUCCAACUAUUCAAAUUGAUUCCUUGGCUAGGAAGCUUAAAUUGGAAUGUAGGACCAUCUCUAUGGGUCAAGGACAAGAAUACCACGCACGCAAACUCAUACAGAUGUCAAUGCAACAGGGUGGCUGGGUGUUACUACAAAAUUGUCAUCUUGGGCUGGAUUUCAUGGAUGAACUACUGGAGACACUUCUUACUGCUGAGAUACAGGAUGAGUCUUUUCGAGUUUGGAUAACUACUGAACCACACCCUAAGUUCCCAAUUACACUGCUACAGGUUUCUCUGAAGUUCACAAAUGAACCUCCCCAGGGUGUACGUGCUGGUUUAAAAAGAACAUUUUCUGGAAUUAAUCAGGAUCUGUUAGAUGUUAGCAAUAUGCCUAUGUGGAAACCUUUGCUUUACACCGUAGCAUUUCUGCAUUCUACUGUUCAGGAGCGACGAAAGUUUGGGCCUUUGGGUUGGAAUAUUCCAUAUGAAUUUAACUCAGCUGACUUUACAGCCAGCAUUCAGUUUAUACAAAAUCAUCUAGAUGAAUGUGACAUCAAGAAGGGAAUAUCAUGGAACACAGUACGCUACAUGAUUGGAGAAGUGCAAUAUGGAGGCCGAGUCACAGAUGACUUUGAUAAGCGCCUUCUUAAUUGCUUUGCAAGGGUGUGGUUUAGUGAGAAGAUGUUUGACAGCGCCUUCUGUUUUUAUACUGGAUAUAAAAUUCCAGUGUGCAAAACCCUGGACCAGUAUUUUGAAUACAUCCAGUCACUCCCUGCUGUGGACAGCCCAAAGGUCUUUGGUCUCCAUCCUAAUGCUGAUAUUACAUACCAAAGUAACACAGCAGCUGAUGUUCUAGAUACUAUUACCAAUAUUCAGCCUAAAGAAAGUGGAGCAGGACCUGGAGAAACUCGUGAAGCAAUUGUUUAUCGUUUAGCUGAAGAUAUGCUAGAGAAACUUCCACCAGAUUAUAUACCUCAUGAGGUAAAAGCUCGUUUAAUUAAAAUGGGACAACUCAACUCUAUGAAUAUUUUUCUUCGGCAAGAAAUUGACAGAAUGCAAAAAGUUAUCACAAUAGUCCGCAACAGUUUGAAUGAUCUUAAAUUAGCCAUAGAAGGGACUAUUAUUAUGAGUGAGAAUUUGAGAGAUGCACUGGAUAAUAUGUAUGAUGCUCGAAUUCCUCAAGUAUGGAAAAGAGUAUCCUGGGAUUCUUCAACACUGGGCUUCUGGUUUACUGAAUUUCUGGAAAGAAAUACUCAAUUCUCUACUUGGAUAUAUGAAGGAAGACCAAAUGUGUUUUGGAUGACUGGAUUCUUUAAUCCACAAGGAUUCCUAACAGCAAUGAGACAGGAAGCUACUCGAGCACAUAAAGGCUGGGCUUUAGAUACAGUUACAAUACACAACGAAGUGCUAAAGCAGAACAAAGAAGAAAUCACAGUACCUCCUUCUGAAGGCGUAUAUAUUCACGGGCUGUACUUGGAAGGAGCAGGCUGGGACAGAAGAAACAGUAAACUCAUUGAAUCUACACCAAAGAUGCUUUUUGUCCAGCUGCCAGUAGUACAUAUAUUUGCUGUUAAUACAACUGGUCCAAAAGAUCCUAAGCUCUAUGUUUGCCCUGUUUACAAGAAGCCCAGCAGAACAGAUCUGAACUAUAUUACAGUGAUCUAUUUAAGGACAGUAGUGCCUCCAGACCAUUGGAUAUUGAGAGGAGUGGCUCUCUUAUGUGACAUCAAGUAAAAUGUUUUUCAUAGCAGAAACAAACAAACUAAAAAAAGCAUGUAGUUAUAGUUAGAAUAUAUAACCAGUUACAUCUGUAAUUCUUCUGCUUUUUAGUUGGGGGCCAUCUGUUAUUAUACAAUAAAGCUUUCAGAGUUGGCUUAUGAAUUUUUUUCUCUUUGAAAAUUUUACCUUAAAACUAAAUUAACUAAUUGUCUGUAGUUUUUGAUGUUUCCAUUAUAUUACUUUAAAAAAAAAAAGCUUGAAUGAUACAAUUAAUGUAAAAAAAAAAAGAGAAGAGAAAGACGGCUUUUUUUUCAUUUUCUUAUAUGCAGCUUUUAUUUUGUGUUUCAAACUAAGAUAUAAUGACAACAGAAGACAGUGUAAGGCAUAAUAAAAUUAAACUUCUCUGAAAUACAAGUAUUCCUGGCCUCAGCCUGAUAAAUGCAUGAUUCUGUUUGACUGUGUGGGAAGCAAAGAU